AUGGAGCUUAGCAAAGUGACGUUAGAGAUCUUCACCAAACUGGAGCAACAAUGGCUCUCCCACUGCGAAGACACUGUCAAAACUCGCAUACUCAGCAUUGACGGCGGUGGAACCACCGCAAUUGUCGCCGGCGCUGCCCUCAUCCACCUCGAGGACCAGAUCCGCUUCCAAACCUCCGACCCCCACGCCCAAAUCACUGAUUACUUCGACAUCAUCGCCGGCACCGGCAUUGGAGCCCUUCUCGCCGCCAUGAUCACCGCCGAUGACGGUUUCGGCAGGCCUCUCUACACAGCCAGAGAUGCCGUCAACUUCAUCGUCGAGAGGAAUCACGAACUCUACAAGCUCAGGCCGGCCGGAUUUUUCCGCCGGAACCGGAGAUUCUCCUCGAGGAGCAUGGAAAACGUGUUGAAGCAAGUGUUCCAAAGAAAAGAGGAAGAAAGACGGUUGUUGACCCUGAAGGACACGUGUAAACCCUUGCUUAUCCCUUGCUUUGACCUCAAGAGUUCAGCGCCAUUCGUGUUUUCCCGAGCCGACGCGUCCGAGUCACCGAGUUUCAACUUCGAGCUGUGGAAGGUAUGCCGCGCCACGUCAGCGACGCCGAGCCUCUUCAAGCCCUUCCACUUCGCCUCCGUCGACGGAAAAACCUCGUGCUCGGCCGUGGACGGAGGCCUGGUGAUGAACAAUCCGGCGGCGGCAGCCGUCACGCACGUCCUUCACAACAAGCGGGAUUUCCCAUCGGUGAACGGCGUGGAGGAUCUCCUGGUCAUGUCCAUCGGCAACGGAGCACAGGCGAAGAGAGUGCGUGACGUCCGUGAGUGCUUGACGUCGUCGGUGGUUGACAUUGCCCUCGACGGCGUUUCCGAGACCGUUGACCAGAUGCUGGGAAACGCAUUCUGUUGGAACCUUACGGAUUACGUCAGGAUUCAGGCAUUCGGUCUGGGAGGAGGAGAGGGAACGGAAGAAAAGGAGGUUCUGAGUGAGAGAGUGCUGGAGUCGUUACCGUUUGGCGGCAAACGGUUACUUCAGGAAACUAACGGUAACAGAAUCGAGAGCUUUGUGCAGCGUCUUGUUGCAACCGGAAAAGCUAGCCUGCCACCUAGUCCCUGCAAGGUUCCGCCGUAA